AUGUCUGCCACGUGUUCUGAAAUUGUGUGGUUGUGUGGCAUUCUUUCUGAACUUGGAUUUCUUCCAAUUGAUCCUACUCCACUUCACGGUGAUAAUACAAGUUCCAUUCAAAUUGAUGCAAAUCUGGUAUACCAUGAAUGCACAAAGCACAUAGAGGUGAAUUGUCAUUACAUCAAAGAGGCCUUUACUCGAGGUGUUAUCACUCCUUCUCAUCUUACUACUUAUCCUCAAUUUUUGAGGGAGAUUCUCUCAAGGAAAAGAAAAUUUGGUGCUCAAGAAAUUAUUACAAUGACACAAGAAUGCCGAGUCCUAAUAAAUGAUGAAGAAAAGCUUCCUUCUAAGCUAAGGGAUCUCAGGAGUUUCACUAUCGCAUGUGUUAUUGGAGGGUUGACCAUUAAUAGAUCACUUUGUGAUUUAGGAGCGGGUGUUAAUGUAAUGCCCUUAUCUUUGUACAAAAGGUUAUAUUUGGGAGAACCAAAGCCGGUUCAACUCACACUUGAAUUUGCCGACCGGUCAACCAAAAGCCCUAUUGGAAUACUUGAAGAUGUCCCGGUUCGGGUGGACAAAUAUUUCGUGCCUUGUGAUUUCAUUGUUAUGGAUAUUAGAGAAGACCCAUGUAUUCCAAUCAUAAUGGGGCGACCUUUCUUGGCAACAACAGGGGCUAUGAUUGAUGUGAGGAAGGGAUCAAUAAUUUUUAACUUUGGAGAAGAAAAAGUUGCAGUUAAUGUUUUUGAUGAGCCUAAAUCUCCUUGUGUUGAAAAGUGUUUUGUGGUUGAUGUGAUUGAAGGCAAGAUUCAUGAUGAAGGUGAACAUUUUGAUCCUCAUGUUGGAAGGGCACUUGAUGAGUUUGAAGUGUGGAAAAUUUUUUCAAGUAAUGGAGGUGCUACUUUUGUGCAAUUGGAGAGGAACCCCAUGGUGGAGAAAGUUGAAAAAUAA